AUGGCCUCAGGAGUGCAAGUUGCUGAUGAAGUAUGUCGCAUUUUUUAUGACAUGAAAGUUAGGAAGUGUUCCACACCAGAAGAAAUCAAGAAAAGAAAGAAGGCUGUCAUUUUUUGUCUCAGUGCAGACAAAAAGUGCAUCAUUGUAGAAGAAGGCAAAGAGAUCUUGGUUGGAGAUGUUGGUGUAACCAUAACCGAUCCUUUCAAGCAUUUUGUGGGAAUGCUUCCAGAGAAAGAUUGUCGAUAUGCAUUGUAUGAUGCAAGCUUUGAAACCAAGGAAUCCAGAAAAGAGGAGCUGAUGUUUUUCUUAUGGGCACCAGAACUAGCACCUCUGAAAAGUAAAAUGAUCUAUGCGAGCUCCAAGGAUGCAAUUAAAAAGAAAUUUCAAGGCAUAAAACACGAAUGUCAAGCAAAUGGGCCAGAAGACCUCAAUCGGGCUUGUAUUGCUGAAAAGCUAGGUGGAUCCUUAAUUGUAGCUUUUGAAGGAUGCCCUGUGUAG